AUGGUGGGAUUAAAUUUUGACAAUUAUCAAAGAAACGCAUUCUUAACAACAAAGGGAUUUGCCAAUCCAAAGGCGACUUCCACAGGUACCACAAUUGUUGGAUGUAAAUUCAAAAAUGGAGUGGUUAUCGCUGCCGAUACCAGAGCUACUUCAGGACCAAUAGUGGCAGAUAAAAAUUGUGAAAAAUUACAUAGAUUGGCACCUAAAAUUUGGUGUGCCGGGGCUGGUACAGCUGCCGAUACCGAAAUGGUUACUCAAUUGAUUGCAUCUAAUUUGGAACUACAUGCAUUAUCUCAAAACAGACAACCAAGAGUUAUUGCCGCUCUUACAAUGUUGAAACAGCAUUUAUUCAAAUACCAAGGACAUUUGGGUGCAUAUUUGAUUGUUGCUGGUGUUGAUCCAACAGGAGCCCAUUUGAUGUCUGUUCAAGCCCAUGGUUCUACUGACAUUGCCAAAUACCAAAGUUUGGGAUCUGGUUCUUUGAAUGCAAUGGCUGUUUUGGAAACAUAUUUCAAAGAAGAUAUGACAAAGGAAGAAGCCAUUAAAUUAUGUUCUGAUGCCAUCUUGGCUGGUGUUUGGAAUGAUUUGGGUUCUGGUUCCAAUGUUGAUGUUUGUGUUAUGGAAGUUGGCAAAGAUGCCGAAUUGAUGAGAACUUACAUUACUCCAAAUGUUAGAAUCCAGAAAUGUAAAGAUUAUAAGUUCCCAAUUGGAACUACGGCAGUUUUAAAUAAAAGCGUGUAUGACAUUUGUGAUGUUGAAGAGUCCGUGGUUACUUUUGAUGACAAUGGUGACCAAAUGGAAAUUGAUGCACAAGCUUAG